UCUUAUGUUUUUACUUUCAAAAUCAAAAUAUCUACCUACGCGUUUUAGUCGCUUUUCAUUAUACAAGAUUGUAAUCAUUUGUUUGGUGUUAAUUUCGUCGCUUGUGUUUUUCCAAUUCUUGUGAAAGUGCAGCAAACACUGUCGGAACAAUAGAGAUCGGAUGCGACAAAAGUUUCUUUUUGAAGCAGUUCGUGAUAAGAAUAUUAUAAGAGUACAAUUCAUGCAAAAUAACGACACGAUGAUUACCGAAGGCGGUGGCCUGAGGGUGUUGGGGCCAUGAGCGCUGGUGGGCCUCGGCCCGCCGCCGGCGACUCCACGCCCGGCUCCGACGGCGACCGUAUCACCAGCCUGUUCCCCAAGUGCCGGCCGCGCGCCAUGCAUCACCAUCACGGCAGAUUGAAUAGUGCCAUAGAGGGCAGGCAAAUGAACAAUAUGAACAACAUGUCCUCAGACGAGGAGCGGGAGAAUGACGCGCAGGUUAUACUCAAUUCUAAAGGACCCUAUAAGCUAAGAGAUUCUAGGAUAAUAGAAAUCGCCGGAGGAAGGGAGCUGUACUCGCAAAGUAGAACAAAAGCUGUGCGGAAGUUACGUCACAACAACACGCACAAGCACAACCUUCGGAACAAAAUACGAUCAAUUAGCAAAGAUGCGGUUGACUACGGCGCGGAUAAUCUCACAAACGAGAUAUCUUUGCAUAGGAUAAACAGUGAGCCCAAGAAGAUGAUUUCGAGGCAUACGUCGCCGACGUACACAAAUGGCGACAGGGAUAUUCUAGAACAAACUAUGGGUAUACCCAAGAACAGUUCACCAAUCCUGGAUCCCCACAAGAUUGCUGAUGUCAGCGCUAAGAGCAGCCCCAUCGCGGUGGUGGCGGAUGGACAGGUUGUGGUUUUCGAAGACAAUGACGAUUGGAAAGUUACAUUGAAUUCUGUGUCUCUAGGUUUGAGGACGGACCCAGAGGUUAGCGAUGACGAAAUCGAUGUGAGCGUUAAGAGGACUUUAGACAAUUUGAAAAAUGGUGAUUGUGAGGUGAAUAAGAGUGACAGUGAAAGUGAGUCGAGCUCACGGGGCGUGAGACUGAGCGAGGGGAGCCCCACGGGGGUCUGGCUGUCCGACGACGACAAGACCAGGGUCACCAGGGUCAUCGGGGAGCUGCCCAUAGCCGAGUACGAGGGCUCGCCGCGCAGAUACGGCAUAGGGCAGUCGGCGCAGAAGACUCAGCUCAGGUCGCCCAGACCGGGAUUUCCUCAGCGAAUAAUAACCGAGAGCCGAGACGAGACUCCGCCGCCGUCGUCGGCCUUCGACUACUUGUACGAGUUUUCGGAGACGAGGAAAGUUCUCGAAGAGUUCUUCAAGUGUCCACAACAACAGAACUCCAACGAUGAAAUUGUCAACUUUCAAGACUUGGACUACGAGCUUCGUCGCCAGACGCACGAAUGUCCCUCGGAGAACGGCAUAGAAGAGAGCGAGGGGGACUGGGCGCUGGCCGACGCGCUCCAUUCGCCUCACGCGGCGCACAACCACACCGACUUCCUCGGCCUGCAGCAACAGCUCGGUCGCUACGGUGCCCCGGACGUGUCCGCGCUGCGGGCGGCUCCGGGCGAGACGGAGACGGCGGACAGCGUGUGCGCUUCCCCGGCGUUGCCCGCGCACGCUCUGGCUCUGUCGUCCGCCAGUGACACGCCCAGUGACCUCUCGCUCGCACUUAUGGAGAAUGAGCUCUCUGAGAUGAAAGUACAAAUGGAGUUGAACCGAGUGGUGGGAGCCCACUUGCCCGUGGUGGAGGACGGCCUCUCCUCGGGACACGCCUCCGACACCGACAAUAAUAAUCAGAUUAUUUCUUUGCCGACCCAUUCGCCGAUGAAAAUAGAAGAAAUAGUCGAUAGUGGAACGAAUACGGAUCCUCAUCUCCUCUCCGACGCGGAUCUUCACUCUCUCGACCCGUUAGCCGUGCCUCCCCCCGCGCCCGCCCCUCACCGGCCUCUGGACCAUUCGCCGCAUCACCACCACGGACACCACGAUGACGUCUAUCCCAGAAAGCGGCCGACGUCGGCGCAGAGUAAUGAUUCGGUAGAGAUCAAGCCUGUAAGUGGAGACGAAGACGAAGCGGACACGGAUCUCGAAACGGACAGACUCCUCGGUCAACAGAGGACGGAUGACCAGGGAUUUUUUGACGACAAAGGUUGGCGCAAACCUAAGUCCAGAACAGUGAUGCCCGUCGUCGGCUCCGCGGCGACCAACAGAGAAACUCAUGCGCACGACACCACUGAUCACAGGGACGAUGAGGCACUUCAUAAUGGCAAGGAUAAAGACGCGAAGAAGAAAAGCAAAAACAAAGAAGACAUCGCUUCAGUGCUGAUAGAAGGCGUGCUGUUCCGAGCGAGGUACCUCGGCUCCACCCAAUUGGCCUGCGAAGGUCAACCCACCAAAGCCACCAGGAUGCUGCAGGCCGAGGAAGCCGUCUCUAGGAUUAAGUGGGGGUGCGAGGGGCCCUACGGCGGGGUGUACGCGGCCCCCGCGGCCGUCUUCAGGCUCGCCUUCCUCGGGUCGGUCGAGGUGGACGAGGACUCGCGCCGCAGGAAGAGGCGCCCCAAGAAGAACAUGGUCGAGGAGGCCGUCACCAAGAUCAAGGCUUUGGCCCCGGAGGGUGAAAACCAACCCAGCACCGAAGUCGACCUGUUCAUAUCGACGGAAAAAAUAAUGGUCCUAAACACGGAACUGAAGGAAAUCAUGAUGGACCACGCGUUGAGGACCAUCUCGUACAUCGCCGACAUCGGAGACCUCGUGGUGCUGAUGGCGAGGAGACGGUUCGUGCCUCACGAGAGCGAGUCGGAUCAACCGAAAUUGAACCGCACGCCCAAGAUGAUAUGUCACGUCUUUGAGAGUGAAGAGGCGCAAUUCAUCGCUCAAUCGAUCGGGCAGGCGUUCCAAGUGGCCUACAUGGAGUUCCUGAAGGCGAACGGCAUCGAAGAUCACAGUUUCGUCAAAGAAAUGGACUAUCAAGAGGUGUUAAACAGUCAAGAGAUUUUCGGUGAUGAGUUGCAAAUGUUCGCCAAAAAGGAGUUACAGAAGGAAGUGGUGGUGCCGAAGAGCAAGGGCGAGAUCCUGGGCGUGGUGGUGGUGGAGUCGGGCUGGGGCUCCAUGCUGCCCACCGUCGUCAUCGCCAACCUGGCUCCGGCCGGGGCGGCCGCGCGCUGCUCGCAGCUCAACAUCGGCGAUCAAAUAAUCGCCAUCAACGGCGUGAGCCUCGUCGGUCUGCCGCUGUCGACGUGUCAGACGUACAUAAAGAACUCCAAGAACCAGACCGUGGUGAAGCUGACGGUGGUGCCGUGCGCGCCCGUCGUCGAAGUCAAGAUUAAGAGACCCGACACCAAGUACCAGUUGGGAUUCAGCGUGCAGAACGGCGUGAUCUGCAGCCUCCUCCGCGGCGGAAUCGCCGAACGAGGCGGCGUGAGGGUGGGGCACCGCAUCAUCGAGAUCAACUCGCAGAGCGUGGUGGCCGUGCCUCACGAACGGAUCGUCAAUCUGCUGGCGACGUCCGUCGGAGAGAUUUUAAUGAAAACGAUGCCGACGUCAAUGUUCCGUCUGCUGACGGGACAAGAGAAUCCUGUGUUCAUCUGAGCUCGCCUCCUCACUCGUGCCUCACUGCCGCUUGCCACUCUCGCUCCCUUUUACGCCCUUUUACGCGCCACCUCGUAAGGUUCAAUUUAUGAUGACGAUGUCGCAUCUCGAAUAAAUGCUGGUCACCGGACUCGGUUCCAAUUUCUGUCUGACAAUGCAUCAACAAUUAUAGUUAUCAGUGGUGUAGGAAAAAACCCAAAACCCACAACAGCUACACAAUGUGAUGUCUAUCUUCGGAAUCGCUUAUAUGCUUAAGUGAUAAAAUAAGUAUAUAGCGUAAGACGUAAAUUUAAAUGCAUCGUGGUAAUUGCCGCCAUGUUAUCAAAACUAACUAUUUUUAGUUACACUAUUAACUAUUUAGUUUAUAGUUGCUCAUAUCGUUGUUUAUAUCAAUUCUGACAAGAUUUUUCUUGUUUUGAUUAUGAUAGUUUUGUGCUUUGGCAGCAAUUACUACUGAAUGCCUCUAACAUAACAAAAUGCAUUCAUAAUUUAUUACUUCAUAUUCCAUUUUCUUAUUUAUUACAAGUGUAUUAAAUUGUGAAGAACUCAUAUCUGCUUAGAUGUUAUCUGUAUAAUAAGGGUCAUAGUUUCAUUAUUACGUCAUUCGUUAGUUUUAUGAGGUCCAGGGGAAUGCAUUAUCUCACUCGGUACUAUUUAUACUUUAAGUUUCAUAUACACUUAAAAGUUGAACAUUCCGAGAAUAAUAUUAUAAUGGUCUCUGGGCCCACAUUUCCUUUUUUAUUGUUCUAACAAUUGCCAUAAAAAGAUUUAUUUGUUGUUUCAAACAUGUAUUAACAUUCCAUUUUAAUGUUAUAAAUCCCUAAAUCAUCUCUGCACCAUAGUCCAAAUAUGUUUAUAUAUAUAUAUAUAGCUACUGUAGAAGUAUAACGGUGUAUUUUGAUACUUGUAGCUCAACAGUUGAGUAUCGGAAGAUCUGUCUGUGGCUAAGUAUAUCGAGACAGUGAAUCUCAAGUGAUCAAUGAUAAAUAAAGAAUUGAUUAGUGGAUAAUAUUAUAAUAAAACUAAUUUCGUGUAGUGUUUCAAAAGAUAUGUCAUAUUUUGUAAAUUUUAUAGUGUGGCUAUAGCAGUACUAUUAUAAUCUGUGUCUCAUAGUCAUAGCUUAGCGCCAUGUUUAUUUAUGUAAAGUAUGAAAACGAUAUUUUAAAACAUUGUAUGGUGUAAUUCUUGAAGUAAUCCUUGCUUUAGUAAGUAAUCCACUUGUUCGAGAGCUGACAAAUUCUUAGAUUUUGUAUUUCAUAAUAAUAUUAUUACAAGUAACGUAAUUAUUUAGUUCAUCCUUGUUCGUCCUCGUUUACUGUAGUGAUUUGGAAGAAGGUAUGCUUUGAAAAUGGCUUUAGUCAACAUUUAACACCAAAAUGAAAUCCCCGCUAAGUAUAAAAUUAUAGAUUUAAUACAGUCUGAUGUACUUUUGUAUUGCUAGCUGUGAAUAAGAUUUAUUUACAUUGAAAUAACAGAUGAUAAAGCGUUUUAUGGUAAAAGCUGGUAUAUUAUAGGUACACUGUAACAUGUGAAAAACUAUUGUUGUUCUCAUUUCUAAGAGUAUUAUUCUAGUCUGCAUUAAAGUUAAGAAAUUGAACUAA